UUAGUCACGGAAGAAAUUGUGGAAGGGAAGGAACCGAAGAAAAUUACAAAGAAGAAAAUUAUAAAGCGUAAAGGACCCAAGCAGCAAGUUACUGAAGAAGUUACUGUGGAAGAAAAAGGUAAACGUCCCAUCACUACGGUAAAGGAAGGACCUGUGGAGGAAGUUGUCGAAGAGACAAUAUUGCCCGUACCGCUUCCUGAAUUUGUAAAACCAGAAGAUGUAGAAGAAGUACGAGAACAAGUUACAGUCACGGAAGAAAUUGUGAAAGGGAAAGAACCGAAGAAAAUUACGAAGAAGAAAAUUAUCAAGCGCAAAGGACAAAAGCAACAAGUAACUGAAGAAGUUACUGUUGAAGAGGAAGGUAAGCGUCCCGUCACGACGGUGUCAGAAGGACCGAUAGAGGAGGUUGUCGAAGAAACAAUAUUACCUUUACCACUCCCUGAAUUUGUAAAACCAGAAGAUNAAGAACAAGUUACAGUCACAGAAGAAAUUGUGGAAGGGAAAGAACCGAAGAAAAUUACAAAGAAGAAAAUUAUCAAGCGUAAAGGACAGAAGCAACAAAUAACUGAAGAAGUUACUUUUGAAGAGAAAGGUAAACGUCCUAUCACAACGGUAAAGGAAGGACCAGUAGAAGAAAUUGUCGAGGAGACAAUAUUGCCCCUACCGCUUCCCGAAUUUGCAAAACCAAAAGAAGUGGAGGAAAUACGAGAACAAGUAACAAUCACAGAAGAAAUUGUGAAAGGGAAGGAACCGGAGAAAAUUACAAAAAAGAAAAUUAUUAAGCGCAAAGGACAAAAGCAGCAAGUCACUGAAGAAGUUACUGUUGAGGAGAAAGGUAAACGUCCCGUCACGACGGUGUCGGAAGGGCCGAUA